AUGUCUGGUGAAUCGGGUCAGCCUCAGGCUGGCCCAUCCCAGGCUGGGGUCGAUAUGCUGCACCCUGAGAGAAAUCAGACUCGGGUCCCGGGAGGUGUGAUCCGAAGGGUCGAUGCCUUAGGGCGCCAGUCCUGGAUCCAAAAGGUUCUUGAGCAAGUAAUAGACUCACCUCGCCAGUGGGUCACCCCAUCGGAGGUGGUUCCUGUCGCAGUUUUGGCCGUCCAGAGAUACCUGUUAGAGGAUGAGCCAUGCGACAUGGAACCUAAACCUCCGCUUUACUGCUUUGAUGUGACAAUCUCAGACGGGGUGUACCAGGAGAAGUGCUACCUGGACCCCAGCCUGAAUUCUCUCGUGUAUAAAAAUAUUCUCAAAGUUGGCAUAGAAAUGAGAAUUUCCAGAGUCUCGUGCAUUUAUAACGAGAAAAGAGUAGGCCAGGGAAUCUUGUGCAUAGAUAACGUUCUCUGUGGGGAGUUGCUGGAAUCUGUUUCUCUAGAAACUCCCUUCAGAAAUAGUGCGCACCAAGAGGUCCCCGAGAGACCUUUAAGAGGUGGAAAAAGUCAUUACCUGCCCCUGUGGAAUAACGAAGAUCCGUAUGGAGAUAUCUGGCUAAACAAUAAGCAACCAGAGGAGCACAAUUUUAACAAUACCAAAAUAAUUUCCCUUUCUCACCUUGAGAUGACCUGGUCUAAUAGAGAGAGUUUUCCUGCAUUGCUUGUGAGAAUUUUGCAUAAAUCAAAACUGCAAUACUAUGGAAAACCCAAUAAAAAGAUGAUCGAGCCAUACCAGACCUUUUUGGAAGUUGCUGACAGCUCAGGCACAGUGUCCGUGAUUAUGUGGAAUACCCUGUGUCCUGAGUGGUACAAAAGUCUGCAUGUUGGUUUAGUUCUUCUGCUUCAAGAUUAUUCUGUUAAAAAGAGUUAUCCAUUCAGGAUGCAGCCUCUUCCUGUGGAUCCACAGAUCAAACUAAUUUCUACAAUGGAAAUCUGCCUGAAUAUUCGAGAUCCUCCAACUAAUAUAAUUAUCAUCCCAGAAAAGCAGGUGAAACCAGAAUGGAGAUUGCCAAAAUUAAAUCACCGUUUUGUUACGAGAUCAGAACUGGAUAAGAUGCCAAAUAAUUCUAUCUGUGAUGUUAUUGGCGUUUUGGUUUUUGUAGGAAGGGUCCAGCGGUCAAAAAAGAAGGAUAGCCAUGAAGAUUUUUGGUCAUAUCGCUGGAUUCACAUUGCUGACGGGACUUCAGAACAACCAUUUAUAGUGGAGCUGUUUUCAACAUCUCAGCCAGAAAUCUUUGAACAUAUUUACCCAAUGACAUAUUUCACGUGUACACAGCUGAAAGUUGUCAAAAAUUAUGCUCAAGUACCUAAACUGCUUUACCUGACCACUACAAACGAGAGUCAUAUAUUUAUUACUGGUCAUAAAGGCCAGCCGUAUACCAAUGAUGCCAAGGUAAAAAACUUUAUUCAGUGGAUUAAAGCGAAGAACGAUUCUGGCGAAGUGAAGAAUACUGUUAUGGGUGGAUAUUACCCCUAUCCACCAGUGCCAGAGACAUUUUUGAAGUAUAGUAGUUCUCUUAAAGUUGAAUCACUCUUGACAGCUCUAAGUGAAGUAAAGGUGGAGAUUGAAGACUUGCAGUAUAGAGAACAAAAGCGCAUUGCAAUUCAGGGAAUAAUUACCGUUAUAAAGUAUGUCCCACAUAGCAGUGCAACUGAAAGUGCCUCAGCAUCUGAAACACUACGGAAUGCUAACCAACCCUCAACAUCCGAAGCAGCUAGAAAAGAAAGUCAAAGUCAGGAAAAAGAUGGUAAACAUCAUCACGAUGAUGGUUCUGGGAGUUCUCAAUAUUGUCGUUCUGCACGUGCAAGUUCAAGCCCUGUCACGAAGAAAAAAAUUAUGCAAACCCCAAGUGGCAAACAAAUUCCUGUACCUCAGCCAGAAACUUCUUCACAAAUAAAAGGAAGGACACCAAGCAUGCCAAGCUCCUCCCACUGUCAAGAAAACUCCAGUGGUGCCUUCGUAGCAAGAGCCAGAAAAACUAUAAGUGAUAAAUGGGAAAGUCAGCUGUGGAGAGAGAAGAAGUUCGGCUUGAUAGAUCACCUGCAUUACAGCCAGGUUUAUCCUGAAAGUAUUCCACGAAAAUUUAGUUUCGAGCACAGACAUUUUCUUAGUCAACUGUUUAAUUCUCAGCCUGCAAAAUACAUACCACCAGAAGGAAGGGUCCCAAAACUUGAUAAAUUUAAGAGCGUCCGAAGCCUUGGACAUUUUGAAUUAACCAUCUUAGGUCUGAACCAUGAGAGAGCAAUUGAUGUGGCUUUCCUCCCCAUGUAUUCUCUACAAGAUAUCCGAACAUCUCAAGUAGACACAUUAUUAACCUGCAUGAAUUAUAGCUGUGUGUAUCCACAGGCAUCAACUGCCACUGAAAACGUGACAGGUUCAAGAGUACUUGCAGGUGAUAUUAUCAAAGCAGUAGCUAAAAUGGAUAGAUCACAUGUCAUCUGUAUCUUGGAUAUCUGUAGUUUGGGGAACAAUAAAGCAGAAGUCUAUUUGCACAAAAUUUAUAAACCAAAUAAAACUUCUUAA